AAAUGAACUUAAGUUUGUUAAAUCAGAAAUUUCACAAGACAAAUUAAUGCAAGUUUUUGAUGAAAUCGCAUAUGCUAUGAUAGAAGAGUGUGAUAUGUUUGAUGGUAAUAAUGAAAAUGACUAUAUGGAAGAAGAAUUUGUUGAUAAAGAAUCGAAUGAAGAAGAAUUUUCUAGUAAUUCUGAUGUUAUUAAUCAUGGUGAUCCUAAUUUUGAUAUUGAUACUUUGCUUGAUAAAUUAGAAUAA